AUGAUUCAGCAUCCGGGACGUCGGACUUGCCCCGACCCACCUCUCUCUACGAUGUCCCACCAUACGAGCAUCGCCGGGCGGCUUGCCCCUGAGCUAGUCGACCUCGUCCAUAGCUACCUCGACGACGCCACCCUGCGCACCGCCAGCUUGGUAUCCCGCGACUGGCUGCAUAUAGCCCGCAACCACAUAACGCUCCCUAUUGCAUUCGAUAAACGGAACGGAUCCACACUGGAGGACGUGCUCGACGACCCCCAAUGCACGCUGCUCACCACCAUCCGCCGCAUUCACCUCGUCCACCCCGAGCCCGAUGUCGUCCCGCCCCUCCGAGCCUACCUCUCCCGCUUCGACCACCUUUCCUGGCUCAAAAUAUGCGGUAUGAUACUCGGCGAAAUGCCGCCCCUCCCCCGCGUGCGCACCCUUGGGCUGUUCUUCUGCAUAUUCGACUCACAAGCAAGCAUCCUCUCAUCACUGCAUAACCUCCCCGCCCUGCGCAACCUGACGCUCCGCCGCCUCCGCUGGUUUUCGCCCUCUGUGAUCAACCACGCUGCGCCACUCCUAUUAGACUUCCUCGAUGUCGAUUGGCACCGCAACGAACGCUUUGAAGACAUCCUGUUCGCAUUGCGGCCGCGCCACCUGAUGGUAUGGCCCAUCAUCGACGAUGCGGAGCGUGAUCUGGCGACGGUGUCCACGUAUCUGUGCCAUUUGGGUGAACGCAUCGAGCGAUUGACGCUUCAGACCGCCUCUACAUUGCACAUUGAACAAAUGGUGGCACAUGGACUGGAACUCGGGGCGUGUACUGCCCUGCGCGCACUGGAGCUGACCUCCGGGAUCCAGUACUGGGCGUCGGGCGACCGGGCCGCCAAGAGCCGCGUGCACGUGACCGUGUCGUCCGCCCUGCCAGGGCUGCUCGCGCGGCUGCCCGCACCCCUGGACAUCCUGACGCUAAGCGUGACCCCUGCUGCGUCCCAUGUGUCCGGCCCAGUCCCACUCGCCAAAGUGCUUGGGGACAGGCGCUUCACAGACUUGGGCCGCCUGCGCAUCGUGAUCGACGCGGCGCGCUUGUUGACGGCCGAAGAUGCGAUGGGUAGCGACCUGGUGUACAUUCAGAGGGCACGGGCGGAUGUGGAGCCACUGAUACGGGCCGCCAUGCCGCUGUUGAUGGUGGGCAAGGUGGAAUUCAUGAACGGCGUGGUUUUAGACCAAGAAAAAACCUCAUAG